UCACUGCGAGCGCGGUAACGAGAGGGGCACCUUCAAGCAGGAGUCGAUAAAGAACCACUUGUAAAAUUUAAACACACCUACAAGAACAAUGUCCUUCCUUUCUAUCAGCAGACUAGCUCCAAGACUUCUCAGUUCAAAGAAUGCAGCAUGUGUUGUUGUGGCUGCCAGAAAUGCCAGCGCAUCCACGAAUUUGAAAGACGUCCUGGCAGACCUCAUCCCUAAAGAACAGAGCAGGAUCAAGAACUUCAGACAGCAGCAUGGCAAAACCACUAUUGGUCAGAUCACAGUGGACAUGGUGAGAGAAACAUCACUGCAUUCACCGUUACUGUAAAUCAUGUCUGUAUGUCAUCA